GGCGGGCUCAUUUGGCGGCGGCAAGUCGGGGGUGUCUGCGGCUCGAUUGCUUAGCCAAACGGGCUCUGGCUCCUCCCAGUGGCCGGCCGGGGCGGAAGCAGGAGGCGGGGGCAGCGUGUGCGCUGCUGGUCUCCUCUCCUGCGGCGCUGGGGCCCGCGCUCGGCAGCUACUGCUGGAUUCCGCGCUUUGCAGGAGGCCAGCUCUACUCCGCUCUCGCCCGUUCCUCAACCAGGCCUGUUUCUCAGCCGCGGUCCCGUGGCGUCGACCCCGCCGGCCCUCUCCCGCCCCGUCUCUCAUACUCUGGCCGCCUCGGCCCGGGCCCCGAUGGCUCUGUGCAACGGAGACUCCAAGCUGGAGAAUGCUGGAGGAGACUGUAAGGACGGUCACCUCUAUGAAGGAGCUGUUGUCAUUCUGGAUGCUGGCGCUCAGUACGGGAAAGUCAUAGACCGAAGAGUGAGGGAGCUGUUCGUGCAAUCUGAAAUCUUCCCCUUGGAAACCCCAGCAUUUGCCAUCAAAGAGCAUGGAUUCCGUGCUAUUAUCAUCUCUGGAGGACCUAAUUCUGUGUAUGCAGAAGAUGCUCCCUGGUUUGAUCCAGCAAUAUUCACCAUUGGCAAGCCUGUUCUUGGAAUUUGCUAUGGCAUGCAGAUGAUGAAUAAAGUAUUUGGAGGUACUGUGCACAAAAAAAGUGUUAGAGAAGAUGGAGUCUUCAGUAUUAGUGUGGAUAACACAUGCUCAUUAUUCAGGGGCCUUCAGAAGGAAGAAAUUGUUUUGCUUACCCAUGGAGAUAGUGUAGACAAAGUAGCUGAUGGAUUCAAGGUGGUGGCACGUUCUGGGAACAUUGUGGCAGGUAUAGCAAAUGAAUCUAAAAAAUUAUAUGGAGCACAGUUCCACCCUGAAGUUGGCCUUACAGAAAAUGGGAAAGUAAUACUGAAGAACUUCCUCUAUGACAUAGCUGGGUGCAGUGGGACCUUUACUGUGCAGAACAGAGAACUUGAGUGCAUCCGAGAGAUCAAAGAGAGAGUGGGCACAUCAAAAGUUUUGGUUUUACUCAGUGGUGGUGUAGACUCAACAGUUUGUACAGCUUUGCUGAAUCGUGCUUUGAACCAAGAUCAAGUCAUUGCUGUGCACAUUGAUAAUGGCUUUAUGCGAAAACGAGAAAGCCAGUCUGUAGAAGAGGCUCUCAAAAAGCUCGGAAUUCAGGUCAAAGUGAUAAAUGCUGCUCAUUCUUUCUAUAAUGGAACAACAACUCUGCCAAUAUCAGAUGAAGACAGAACUCCACGAAAAAGAAUUAGCAAAACGUUAAAUAUGACCACAAGUCCUGAGGAGAAAAGAAAAAUUAUUGGGGAUACUUUUGUUAAGAUUGCCAAUGAAGUAAUUGGAGAAAUGAACCUGAAACCCGAGGAAGUUUUCCUUGCCCAAGGUACUUUACGGCCUGAUCUAAUUGAAAGUGCAUCACUUGUUGCAAGUGGCAAAGCUGAACUUAUCAAAACGCAUCACAACGACACAGAGCUCAUCAGAAAGUUGAGAGAAGAGGGAAAAGUGAUAGAACCUCUGAAAGAUUUUCAUAAAGAUGAAGUAAGAAUCUUAGGCAGAGAACUUGGACUUCCAGAAGAGUUAGUUUCCAGGCAUCCAUUUCCAGGUCCUGGCCUGGCAAUCAGAGUAAUAUGUGCUGAAGAACCUUAUAUUUGUAAGGACUUUCCUGAAACCAACAAUAUUUUGAAAAUAGUAGCUGAUUUUUCUGCAAGUGUUAAAAAGCCUCACACGCUGUUACAAAGAGUCAAAGCCUGCACGACAGAAGAGGAUCAAGAGAAGCUGAUGCAAAUUACAAGUCUGCACUCACUGAAUGCCUUCUUGCUGCCAAUUAAGACUGUAGGUGUGCAGGGUGACUGUCGUUCCUACAGUUACGUGUGUGGAAUCUCCAGUAAAGAUGAGCCUGACUGGGAAUCUCUUAUUUUCCUGGCUAGGCUUAUACCUCGCAUGUGUCACAACAUUAACAGAGUUGUCUAUAUAUUUGGCCCACCAGUUAAAGAGCCUCCUACAGAUGUUACUCCCACUUUCUUGACAACAGGGGUGCUCAGUACUUUACGCCAAGCUGAUUUUGAAGCCCAGAACAUUCUCAGGGAGUCCGGGUAUGCUGGGAAAAUCAGCCAGAUGCCAGUGAUUCUGACACCAUUGCAUUUUGAUCGGGACCCACUUCAGAAGCAGCCUUCAUGCCAGAGAUCUGUGGUUAUUCGAACCUUUAUUACUAGUGACUUCAUGACUGGCAUAUCUGCAACACCUGGCAAUGAGAUCCCAGUAGAGGUGGUGUUGAAGAUGGUCACUGAGAUUAAGAAGAUUCCUGGUAUUUCUCGAAUUAUGUAUGACCUAACAUCAAAGCCCCCAGGAACUACUGAGUGGGAGUAAUAAACUUCUUGUUCUAUUAAAGUACUGUGUGCAGUUUAAAUUGAUUAGAAACCAUUCCCAGUAUUGACGGAGCAGCUACAUCACAUCUGAGUUCUCUACAGCAAAAAUCUGUGGCCUAAGGGCUGAGUUGGGGAUAACUAAAAGGGACUGAAGAGUCUGUACGGGUAUAAUGAAAGCGUCAUUGCCUCCUCUCAGACAGAUUGACACUGCUUUCGCCUUUGCCACACUUGUUCGUUAUGUAUAUAAAUCACUGUUGCUAUCCAUGUCUCUGUCAAUGAAGAUGUACAGAGGUGGGUGAGUUUGGGGCUAGGAAUGGGCCUCUUCCCUUGCCAGCUUCUAAGAGCUGUUAAAACACCCAUUAUUUACCAGUGUGACUUGGUAUGAAUACCUUUGGGGGAAUCUGAGUUUCCCUGUAAGUAAGUAACCUUAUUCUCCCAAAGGUUGGGGGGAAGGGAUGAACGUAUCAGGUAAAGGUAUAGGUGUUCCAGCCACUUUGGCAAUACCUGGCACCAUAACAUGUAAACUUUCUUAAGAUGGAAAGCACCAGGAGUUUGUUGAAGUACGUUGGGGUUUUAUGAUAGCCCCGGGAGAAACCAUGGGUGGUCUCAGUUUUAAAUGUUUUCAAAUCAUGUUGCACAUAGAUGUCAGGUUGCUCACUGUUGGCCUUUUCAUUAGUAAGGAGCUUUGUCCUCCACCCGUUACAUUGCAGCCCCCACAGCCUUGCAUAGGACCUUUCUCUUCCCUCCUAGAAGAGACUGUCUCUGGUGUAGCAUAAAGUCUGAGCAUUUUAAUCCCAUUUGGUCAGAGGGGAAGCUCUGAGAGCAUGAAAACCAUCAUGCAUGCCCAUGGCUUACAAAUGCAUGCCCGCAGCUUAUAUCAUCUAGUAAAGAGUCGUAAAAUGAACCCUUAGCUGUAAUCUGUAGACAGGUUUAUUACCCACUGCUCAGAAAACUGACCAGUCUUGGUCCAUGCAGGCUAUUGUCAAACCUUGCAGUCCUUCUACCAGCUGUAAGACAAGAUUCAAGAACCGGUGGGGGACUUGGUGCCAUUGCCACCAGUUUCUACCAGAGCCUUUAUAAUCUUCACAUAAGCACUAUAAAAAUGGACAGUAUUAGACUUAAAUCCUACAACCAUUUCCCACUCAAUAUUUUAGCUGAUGUUACUGUUUAAGAACGUUACUGUGUUUUCCUUUUUUCAUAUUUUAAAUUGAGGUAUAAUUGACAUAGAACAUUAUAUUAGUUUCAGGUGUCCAUGUUUUUCUAAUAUUUCCAUCUCAGGUUGUUGCCUCGUAUUUCAAAAUCUUGUGUUAAUCAGGUACAAAAUUUUGUUUGGGAUUCAUUGUUAGAUAAACAAUAAAAUUAUGCAUGGCA